AAAAAACAAGAAACAACCCCUACGAUUUUCUAAAAAAUAAAAGGAAUAAAUAAAUAAAUAAAGGGAAAAAGAAAAAAAAAACAAAAGAACUAGAGGUUCAUUGGCUGACUGAAUUUGCUCUUUCUCCUCCCCCUUUCUGCUUGCUUUCUGAAACUUCAGUUUAGGGUUUUGCUUUUGGAGUUGCAGAACAAUCAUGUCAGGAAGAUCAAAUGGCUGCACCGUUUACGUAGGUAAUUUGGAUGAAAGGAUAAGUGAUAGGGUUCUUUAUGAUAUUCUAAUCCAAGCUGGGCGAGUAGUGGACUUGCACAUUCCUCGGGACAAGGAAUCUGGUAAACCCAAAGGUUUUGCUUUUGUAGUGUAUGAAAGUGAGGAGAUUACCAACUAUGCUGUUAAGCUUUUCUCUGGUCUCGUGACUCUUUAUAACCGUACCCUGAAGUUUGCAGUAUCUGGGCAAGACAAGUCUUCACCUAGUAGUAGUGCAAUCACUUCAUCAUCAAAUGUAUCUCAUAAAUCGAGGUCACAUAUUGUUCUAGGUUACUCUGAAAUAUCUCAGUAUUCCAGUCACUUGUCAACAUCGUGCAGGUUCUCAACGUACCCUGAAGACCAUGUAGAAGCGCUUCUUUACCCUGGUUUAGUUAACCAAUAUAAUGGGUAUGGAUCACAUUUGGAUAACUACAAUAAAGAAUACAGUCAGAGAUAUUCUGGAACAACUUUGGAUAGCUUUAACCAACCUAAAUCACGCCGCCAUGUUACAAGUUAUCCAGUAUACUAUCAUUCUUAUGAUCUUUUGAAGUAAUGCAGCUAGUGCCUUCCAUUUUUGGUAAUCAUAAUGGUAAUUUAAAUCUUAGAUAAAGUAGUAUUGCUUAGUUGGAUUAGGAUGCAAAUGGGUUAGUGGUGAAUGAUAUGAUAUUUGCUAUGGAACAUGCUAGUUUAUGUUAUUGAAUACAGUCAUUUUGUUAGGUGCACAUGUUCAUAUGAUUUUGGAUGUGUCAUCAUAGUUGAUACACUAAUUAAAGUAUUGUAACCUAUUUUAUUACGUUGUCAGUUUUUGUUAUUGUAUAUUGAGUAUUUAGUUAUUUAUGAAGUGUUUUACUUGAGCAAAUAAUAUUUAAUUAUCUGUUUCUCUUCAAGAAUAAUUUUGAAAACAGAAGAAAAAUUAUUAUCAAGGAUUACUUUUUGUUUAUCUUGUUCCUGUGCUUUUAUUGUUUUGAGGCUUCUAAUUCUUGGCUUCAUCUGAAAUAAAUGUAUUGCAUGGCGUGCUUGAAUUUUCAAGACGCAAUUUCUUUGAAAAGAAUUAAUGACUAAAAGUUUACUUUGAGAAAGACAGUAUUUACUAGUCCUGAGAGCCAUUCAUUUUUUUGUGAGAUCGUAGAUAAAACAUUUGGUGAUCAGGCUAGUGGCAGUUCUAUCAGAGGAUCAUUAUAAUGAUUUCUAUCAAAAUUCAAGAAUCUAAAUCCCUCCUUUAUCUUAUUUGGGCUCGAAGUUCCUAUCUGAAGUUGUCCAUUAGUUUUACUAUUCUUUGUAUCAUAAUAUGAAUUUGUUCAUUUCCUUUUAUUUCUACCCUGUUUAUUGGUUGUGAAACCUGUAUUUGAUGUAAUAUGUAUACAUUUGUUUGUAUGUGUAUAAUAAAUGAUCUUUCUUUGGCUGCCUUAUAAAAUUUGGUACAACUUUGAUAUAGGCGUAUAGCUUUAGUUGGCAAGUAGUGUUUUUAAGUGAAAUCCUUUAGUAUGAAGCACUAGUGGAGAAAAAAAACAUUCAAGUGCUUUGUCCUAAAGGUACGUCAAAGAGUUUACAUUUUCUUUUUCAAACAAGAAGUGAAAAUAGAAUUAAAAGCAUCAAUACCCUAAUGGAUAGGACAAAGUUCCUCUUAACCUAUUGUUAGGUGAUAUAAUAUUAAAUUUAUUUUCACUCAUUGAGUUUAAGCUUUUGGGUCCAUCGGUAGUUUAACAUGGUGGUAGUCUAGGAGGUUUUGUAUUUAAACCCGGUUUUGUAUUUAAACCCCUGCAAUGUUAUUUCUUCUUCAAUUAAUAUUGAUUUCCACUUGUUAUGUCUUCUACAUAUUUCAAGCCCACAAGUGAGGGGAGUGUUAGAUGAUAUAAUAUUAAAUUUAUUUUCACCCAUUAGCUCAAGUUUUUGGGAUAAUUGGUGAUUUAAGGACUUAUGAAUUAUGAUAGUGUUAAACUUUUGAGUCAAUCGGUGAUUUAAGACUUAUAAUGGUGGUGUAGAAUACAUAUGAGUUUGUUUCUGUAUGACAUUUAUAUGUUUAUAGUUUUGAAUAUGUAUGUGAUGAUAUUGUCAAUUAAAGAUACUUGGAAAGAUGUGAACAAGUGUGGGAGGCAGAGGCUGGCUGUAAUCUGAUGAAAAUAUGGAGCUUUGAAAUGAAUGAUGAGAGAACAGAGAAUGUGAUAGAUGGUUGGAGGCAGAGGUUGAAGCAUAUAGGGAAUUUGAUUGAUUUUUUGGUGGGCUCUAGUGUUAUGUUGUUUUGUACUUGAUUUUGUGCCACCACUAUGAAUUUGAAUUGUAUUGAAGUAGAGUUGCCUAUCAGUGUAAUUAGAGUAGCAUAGUUCCUCAGGUGUAGGUGUAUAGAGAAUUCGUGGUUCUUGUCUAAAGAGAAGCAUAUUAUUGUAAUCUCGGUUAGCAAUCAAAACUUCAACUGGUAGCAACCCGCUGGUUGCGCUGAUUGUUGGAUUAUAAAGGAAAUCUCGAUCUCAUAUUGGUCAUUGGUACGGGU